AUGUCUUCUCCAGCCGUCUCCGAGCUGAAACGGGAAGAGAGUUCCAGCUCCGUGGACAAGGCUCCUUACAUCGACGCCGAGAAGAUCGACUCCUUCUCCGUCGCAGAAGAUGAUUCGGAUGUCCAUGUUAUCGAGAAAGCAGAGGAUGUCGCCGUCGAGGUCAUCGACUCCUCCGACGACCCGGACCUGCCCGUCUUGACCUUCCGCACCGUGUUCUUGGGUAUUGGACUCAGCGCGUUCAGUUCCGUUCUCGCGACAAUCUACACUUUCAAACCUCAGAACGCGUCGGUCUCGCAGUUGUUCUGUCUGAUUAUUGCCUAUGUGCUCGGUACUGCCAUGCAUUCUCUCCUCCCGAGUCGGGGAUGGUUCCGGUACCUGAACCCCGGCCCCUUUAACAUCAAGGAGCACGCCGCAAUUGUGAUGAUGGCCAGCACGGCAUCAUCAGUCGCAGUUGCGAUGGAAGUCAUCGCGGCUUUGGACUUGUUCUACGAUAUCCAUCUCAACGCCGCGGCUGCGCUCUUCCAGAUGUUCUCAUCUCAAAUGUUGGGCUACGGCAUUGCGGGUAUGCUUCGUACUCUGCUCGUGUACCCGACAUACGCCUUCUACCCUACCUACAUCUCCGUCGUCAACCUGCUGCAGUCUCUUCACUUCGGUGGUAUGCUGAACCACAAGAAGCGCAGGUACUUCUGGAUCGUCUUCGCGGCCAUCUUCUGCUGGGAGUGGAUCCCGCAGUACCCAUUCCCUUGGCUCACUGCUAUCUCCAUCGUGUGCUUGAUCGACAAUGGCCGCCACGAUUUCGUCCGCAACUUAUUCGGCGCGGGUAACAGCAACGAGGGCAUCGGUUUGCUCAGCUUCGGCACCAGCUGGACUCUCAUCACCCAGGGCAACCCUCUUGUAUGGCCUAUCGGCACUCAGGUCAACAGUUACAUCGGCAUGGCGCUGGGCUACAUUGUUUUGACAGGCGCAUACUACACCAAUCAAUUCAACGGCCGCGAUUUGCUGUUCAUGUCAAACAGUCUCUUCUCCUCGGAUGGCUCCACCUACAAUCAAACCGCCAUCCUCACAUCGGACAACAAGCUCAACAAGACCGCGCUCGAGACUGUUGGCCUUCCCCGCUACACCACGACGUACGCUAUCAGCCAGCUCUGCUACAACCUUUCGCUCGGUGCUGCGAUCACACACAUCCUGUUGUGGCACAUGCCCGAGCUGAAGCGUGCCUUCGGCGGUCUCAACUUCCUUAAGAGCACCAAGGACCAGGACAUAGACGAUCCUCAUUACAAGGAGAUGAAGAAGUACCCGGAGGCGCCUCAGUGGUGGUACGGGAUCGUGUUCAUCCUCUCCCUGGCCAUUGGUAUCGGCUGCAGCUACUCGACUAAGGAGCCCUUGAUGCCCUGGUGGAGUAUCAUUCUCUUUACCGCUAUCAGCGUUGUCCUUGCCGUGGCUAUUGGUUUCAUCAACGCAACUACCGGCUUCACGCUCUCGAUCAAGUAUAUCAUUCAAGUCGUCGCGGCUUUCAUCCACCCAGGACAGCCCAUCACUGUCAUGUACGUUAACCUGUACGGCAACAGCACGGCGUUCCAGACCAUGUACAUGCUUCAAGAUCUCAAGCUUGGGCAGUAUGUCAAACUUCCCCCGAAAGCCACGUUCGCCGCGCAAAUGUCUGGCUCUAUCAUCGGAUGCAUCUUCAACUACACGAUCAUGCAGUCGAUUGUCUCAGCUAAUCGCGAAGUGCUCCGUGACCCCACUGGAACUCGUGUCUGGUCCGGAUGGAUCAUCCAAAGCUACAACUCGGCGUCGGUGGCCAUGGGCGCUCUUGGAAAGGAGUUGUUCACUGCUGGCAAACCAUACUGGAUCGUACCUUUCUGCGUUAUUGUUGGGCUCUUCGUCCCUCUUCCCUUCUGGCUGGCACACAAAUACUCCAAGAAAGAUGGCUGGGUCGCGAAGACGGCCAAGUUCAUUAACACCCCGAUCAUCGCGCAGUACAUUGGAUACCUGCCAUACUCUGUCAACGGCCAAUGGUGGAGCUGCUUCGUCAUCGGCAUGGCUUCGCAAUGGUGGGCUCGCAAGUACAGGCCCGGCUGGUUCAAAAAGUACAACUACCUGACCUCCGCCGCCUUGGAUGGUGGAAGCCAAGUCAUCCUGUUCAUUCUCAGUUUCGCCGUGUUCGGUGCUAGUGGUGACGCUGUCGCAUUCCCCACGUGGUGA